AGACGUGUUACUUUGUGUACGAGUUAAAGAGGUUACGUUCACUUAUCUCCUUAUAUAUUUAUUUCCGGUGCAUUUGACGUAGCUACGUUUACACCGGCGUUGUCCACACUCGGACACAUUCCCGGAGGGUCUGAGCAGGUCCAGUUGUCGGUGAGAAACGUUAAGGUCCAUGGUGUGGACCGGAGUCGCCGGCACAAGGCUACAUAUAGCGGCGGCGCGGCCUGUACAUCAUCGGUCUAUGCUGCUGAAGCCUGCCGCACAUGGCGCCUGUAUACGGUAUGCAGUGCCGCCCUGGCGCCGCUGGAUGUCAAAACGCGAUUCAAGCAAAUCUUCUUUUGUUUCAAAGGUCCCGCAGUUUCCGACUUGGGAGCCAGUAGCGGAAAACCAACUUCCUCCGCGUACUAAAAUCUCUCCAGACCUGGUGGACAAGUUGGAGAGACUCGCUCUUGUUGAUUUCGGAAACCAGGAAGGUGUGAACUGUCUGGAGGAAGCAAUUCGCUUUGCCGAUCAGCUCCAUGUUGUUAACACAGAUGGCGUGGAACCGAUGGAUUCUGUGCUAGAAAACAGAGCUCUGCAACUGAGGAACGACGAGGUGAAGGAGAGCGACUGUGUCUCGGAACUCCUUCAGCUCGCCGCAGACAGAGUGGAGGAGUACUUCGUGUCACCUCCAGGAAACAUCCCACUCCCGAAGAGAGAGGAGCGAUUGGCCAUGUUGAAGCAUUCUGCAUUCUGAAUUCAAUAUAUUGUGACUUGUUUUGAUGUGUAGAAAUGUAUAAUUGUGUAAUAAAUAUGUCUAUUUUAA